ACACCUUCCACCGGGGGCACACGGCAGCAGCAACACUUCCGCAAACUGUAAUUUUAUACAUUUGACAUCUAAAAUGGGCCUUCGGAGCGCCACCUCAUUCUCUCAUCACAUGCAACGCCCGCUCAUCGAUGACUCGUACAUUUUGUAGCGCAAGGGGUGGUUUCAGCUAGUAGUGAAGGCUUGUGUGUGGACAUUAGCUAGCCAGCUAUCGGUAGCUAGCUAACGUAUUGUGGAGUUGAAGACGCUUUUCAAGAACAGAUUUUCGACACGAUUGCCCCACUUGACAGUAGCUAGAAUAUCUACGAGGAAUUGGACAAUAUACAAAUCUGCUACCUAAAUUUACGUUGGCUCGCAUGUCUCUGCUCAGAUUUGCUAGCUAACGUUAGUUAGUUAGCUAACAAGAAAGGAUAUUGCUGUGACUUUGUCAACAUCUACCUAGCCCAGAUUUAUUUGAAGAUUAUUCAAUCGGUGCCAUAUUAUCUAAUUUUGUACGUCUUGGUGUUCAGCCUCUUUUGGUGCCAUUUGUUAAUUUUUUGACAAGGAACCAAAUAAAACCAACGCUAGCUAGCCAACAGCGUUGGAGAAAAAACAAUCACGACGCGAGACCGGGUAACUGGUGUCCUAGAUAACGUUAAGAUAAAUACAUAGCCAGCCAACAUUAACGUAGCUGUCUAAAAAACAAAAAAGGGAAGACGCUAUAGUUGUCCAAAACGGGGUCUAGAUAUUUUUAUCCUGGUUGCUGAGGAACACCGAUAAAUCCAUUGACAUGAUGUUUCCACAAUCAAGACACUCGGCUUCCUCCCAGUCCUCCCAGCCUCUCAAGUUCACCACCUCUGACUCCUGCGACCGCAUCAAGGACGAGUUUCAGUUCCUACAAGCACAAUACCAUAGCUUGAAGAUGGAGUGUGACAAGCUAGCUAGUGAGAAGUCAGAGAUGCAGCGUCAUUACAUCAUGUACUACGAGAUGUCUUAUGGACUGAACAUUGAAAUGCACAAACAGGCUGAGAUCGUGAAGAGACUAAACGGGAUCUGUGCUCAGGUUCUCCCCUACCUAUCUCAAGAGCAUCAGCAGCAGGUCUUAGGGGCCAUAGAGAGAGCCAAGCAGGUCACUCCUCCUGAGAUGAACUCUAUCAUACGGCAGCAGCUCCAGGUGCACCAGUUGUCUCAGCUCCAGGGCUUGGGCCUCCCCACGAUGGCCCCUCUCCCCAUGGGUCUGUCUGCUCCCAGCCUCCCCCCAACCUCCAGCGCCGGACUGAUGUCCCUGUCCUCCAUCCUGGCCUCUCACUCCCACUCACAGGCAGCACAUGCACAGGCUCAGGCCCAGCUGGCUAAAGAAGACAAGGCCAGAGACGCAGCAGAGAGAGAACAGAGGGAAGAGGACGGAGACAAGUCCGACUGAUGGUGGAGCGUGGAUGGGAAGGAGUGGAGAGCGGGGCGAGGGUGAGACAAGUUGGACUGAUGGACAACCAGGCAUGGAUCUACUGUGGGAGGGCUAAGGGGGAGGGGGGGGGUGAGUUGAGUGUUCAUACAGUAGGUGUCACCCCGUGGUUCAGGUCUCUAGAAUUACUCUCUGGGCCUCCACUCCAUCGCUUCCUUAUCCUUCUUUUUCAUCUUCUAUUAUCAUCAAAUCAGUUCGUCACCAAGCCUGUUGGACAGGUCUCCUCUGUCUGACUCCUUCCUCUUUUCCUUUCCUCUCCUCUGUUCACUAUUGCUGCUGACAACCCAUUGCCAACAGAUACUACCCUGACCUCUAACCCAGAGAUGUGGACUCGAGUCACGUGACUUGGACAUUUUAUGACUUGACAUUUUAUCAAGCGCCCCACUCUCCACUGUCCUGCGGUAUUUAUUUAGCAAACGUGAUAACACAUCACUCCCAACAAACAAAAGCAAGAACUCUUAACCCGAAAUGUUACAGCAGCCUACACCUAAACUGUAGGGGAAGAAAACGAGAUGACUUCUCAGUCUAAUCAACUAGGCUACUGAUAACAACCAGGGGUAAUGUUAUGUAGCCUAUUUUAUAGACCAUUUAUUUGUGUUAGGAGAAAAUGUGAAUGUGAUCAAAUUUGGUUUAAGCUAAAUUCAAACUUGGACUGGCUAGGCUGCCUUGACCUUUUCAAUCUAAAACUAUUCACUGAAAUUAAUCAAACACUACUGAUUUACAUGGACUGUGUGAGUUACUUUUGAAUUAAAGUUGCAGAGGCCUACACGAUGCAAACCUGCAUAAAGCAAGCCCUGUGAGUUGUAUUGUCCAAUUGCAAUUGUUGUGUCUGUAGAGGAAACCCCUGUUUAGUCUAGUUUUUAAAUAUAAUUCAUGUGAACAAGUACAGGGUUGCUGCAGUUUGACAGGGGUUUUCAUCCUCCCUGGGGCCAGGAGUAAAAAUAAUAAUAAUAAUCUUGGUUCCCACUCACAUCAUUGUCCAUAUAAAAACCAUUUUACAACUGAUUCAUGACUGUCAUACCCUAUAAAGUCUUUAUACCUGGUUAGGUUACCAGAUUAGGGAAAGGUCCGAGCCCCAGGGGAAACUAACCACUCUGGGACCUGUGGUGCCAUCUCUGCAUCAGGGCAUCUGGAUCAGUCCCAAAAAAUCGUUGCGUUCAGUUUUUAAAACACGUUGGUCCUAAAUCAUUGCAGUUGCAAUGAAAUUGGCAUAAAACACUUAACCGUUGACUUGAGGACUCAAAACCCAAAAUUAGGAACUUGUGACUUGACUCGACCUGAGCUGUGGGACUUGACUUGAGACUUGCCCGUUAUUUCUUGGGACUUGACUCAAAGCUUAAAACUUGAGACUUGCAAAAUUGUGACUUGGUCCCAUCUUAGCGCUAACCCUUUAACCCCUGACCUGUGUUCCUUUUCUCCUAGUAGAAGUUGCCCUUAAACUCAGAUUUAAACGAUCAAAACAUUACUGACCUUUGAUCAGUGUCUACGGACGACUUCCUCCUGUAGGUCUCUGCUGAUUGGCUGCAGAGUUACUGCUGACUCUGCUCACUGAUCUCACAGACAGUUUUCUGAAAGGGCCACUUGAGUAAGACAGUCGAGUGUAAAAGUCAUAGGAGCUAGAGCGAGUGUGUGUGUGCAAACUUACGUUUUAUUUUUAUCAACCACCUUUCGUAUUCUCCCUCCCGCCCCUGUCCACUCUCUUAACUGACCGUGUCUAUGGUCCAGUCCCAAAUCAACCCCUAGCCCCUAAGCACUUCCCCCUAGACGGAGGAAGUGUCCGAGGGGUAAGGGUUGAUCAUGGACGAGGCCUAAAUCUAACGGGACCUAAACUUCACAUCAAUCAUGUGCUCAUUCAGAUCAGAUCCUAUUGGUAGAAAGGGAGAGGAAUACAUUUGCAUAUGUCGUUCUGUUGGUUAGCAUAGCACUUGGAACUAGAAUGUGUGGUGAGCGAGCAUGGUGCCAAACCGUUGAACACAGCUGUAGCGCACUAACCUAUUACCUACCCUCAGACGCAUAACUGUCUUUCUAAUUCAAGGCGAUAAGUUUUAGUUCUUCUCCAGGACAGUAGGUGGCAGCAAUGCCACACCAAACCAGACCCAGGGCUGUAUUCAAUCAAACCCCAGUAUUUACACAGACUUUAUUCCCCCCCAAUGGGUUAAUUAAAAUCACAGGACCCUAAAAACCUACUACUACUGCCAGGUAGACUCCCCUCACAGGUAGAUGCUUCAAGUUUUCAGAAUAAGAAAUGUGUUUUCGGGCAGUAGUUUGUAAACCAAGACACUGUAAACUUUGCUAUUGCAGGUUUUGAUUGAAUUUAGAGCAAAACUCGGACAUGAAUGGUUUGUGUGUUUCUGUUGUGAAGGGCCCAUUUAUAUAUCAAUAUACAUAUAUACUUUUUUAAGCAUUUUUGUAUGUUUCAAAGCUGCUUUUGGUGUGUAUGCGUGUGAUGGAAGACGAUGUCAGUGCAGCGUGUGUAUUAUGUGAUGUGCUAUGGAAAGAGGUACUACCCAAUAUCCCCCCCCCUCCUCUCCUGCCCCCUUGACAAUGCUGAGGAAAUGUCGCCUCCUUGUUGAGCUUUGUAAAUGUAAUUUUUAAAACUCUUUACUUUGUCGUUAUAUGUGAAACUUCAUAAGUGUGUACUUGGCGAUAAUGUAUGUCAUCUGUGUUAUGAAAAACCAAUACUUAUAACUUCAUUUAAAAGAAGAGAUGUGGAGGGGAAAAGUCACAUCUAAUGUAAACCAAACAAACAAACAUUGACUACACAACAUGACUGAAAGCGCUCGGCAGUAAGGAAAUGUCUAUGGUGCCUUACAAAUAAAUGACUCAAUGGAGA